AUGGCAGAGAGGCUGACUGGUGUGAAGAUAGAGGGAGUAAGUGGUGUUAGUUCUAGUUUACCUCACUGUGUGAGACUGGGAGACAGUGAAGCUCUAGCCCUACAGUCAGAAGGGGAUGUUGUGAUUGGAGGGUUGUUUCCUCUGCACUAUGUGGCCCCUGAGCCACAGCACAGCUACAACAGCAAACCGCUGCUCACACCUUGCAGUGGCUUUGAUCACAGAGCCUUCCGCUGGAUGAUGACCAUGGUGUUUGCAGUGCAGGAAAUUAACCAAAAUUCAAAUUUGUUACCCGGAGUUAAACUAGGUUACCUGAUCAUGGACAGUUGUGACCAUGUUCACACCAGCUUGCAAGCUCUUUUCUCUUUAGAAAAUGUAACAAAGGAGAGAAUAGGUACACAAUCUGUGACAUUGACCUCAUGUCUGGCUGGUUCUCCUGUCCCUGCUGUGAUUGGCCUUGCAUCCUCUUCCCCUACAAGAGCUGUGGCUCACACUUUUGGCCCAUUCAAUAUCCCACUGGUGAGUUAUUUUGCCACUUGUACUUGUCUUACUGACAAGCAUGUGUACCCAUCAUUCUUGAGAACCGUGCCGAAUGAUCUCUUUCAAGUUAGAGGUCUUGUACAGCUGGUCACCUUCUUGGGCUGGCGCUGGGUGGGAACAAUAGGUACCACGGAUGAUUACAGUCACUAUGGCAUUCAGGCAUUCUCUAAUCAGUUUAAACAACAAGGUGGGUGUCUGGAGUUUCAUCUGACCAUCUCCAAAUCACCCACAUUGGCUGAGAUACAAGAAAUGGCAGAUAGACUGCAGAGGUCAACAGCACAGGUAGUAGUGGUCUUUGCCACAGAGGGACAGCUAUUGGAGUUACUCUCAGAGCUGGCUCAGAGGAAUGUGACAGGGAUACAGUGGGUAGCCAGUGAAGCUUGGGUGACUGCAAGCCUGCUGACCUCACCCCACUUCCAUCCCCUCCUAGAGGGCACACUGGGCUUCUCUUUCCCUGGAGUCUGGAUCCCUGGCUUAAAAGAGUUCUUGUUGAAUGUCCGCCCUUCUCCAGAACCUGGUAUGGAAUUUGUCAACAUGUUCUGGGAAGAGCUGUUUGGCUGCCGACUACAGUUUGAGGGAGACAGAUUAAAAGAAAAUCCUGUAUGCACUGGUUCAGAGGAUCUAAGAUUUACUGAUAGCAGUUACACUGACAUUUCUCAAGUCAGAAUAUCCUAUAAUGUAUAUAAAGCUGUGUAUGCCAUCGCUCAUGCUCUGCACCGUUUAUUGAGCUGUGAUUCUAAAGGAAUGUGUGAGAAAAAGAAAUCAUUUUCUUCGAGGCAGUUGCUGCACCAUCUGAAGACAGUGAAUUUCACCACCCAGUUUGAGGAGAAGGUAUAUUUUGACUCCAGUGGAGAGCCAGUCCCUCUCUAUGACAUCAUUAACUGGCAGAAGGACAAACAUGGUGAAAUUAGAUUCAUCAAAGUGGGAAGCUAUGAUGGUUCAGCUCCUUUAAGACAACAGCUGCAGAUGAAUAAAAACACCAUCGUAUGGACAAAAGGACAAUCACAGGUGCCCGUAUCCCAGUGUAGUGCACCAUGCCAACCUGGCAGCAGGCAGGCCAGACGUCCACAACAACCUCACUGUUGUUUUGACUGUUUGCCCUGUGCUGAUGGAGAGAUCAGCAAUCAGACUGGUUCCACUGAGUGCAUAAAAUGUCCGGAGUACUACUGGUCCGACAAAGACCACAUUAAAUGCGUCGCUGGAGUAGAAGAAUUCCUGUCUUUCAACGACACUAUGGGCAUCAUACUGGUGGCACUCACAGUGCUGGGUGUCAUCCUGACAACAAUCAUCACUACUGUCUUUCACCAUUUCCGCUCCACACCCAUCGUCAAGGCCAACAAUUCAGAAAUAAGUUUCUUGCUUCUCCUUUCACUCAAGCUCUGCUUCUUGUGUUCCCUUGUGUUCAUUGGUCAGCCUUCUGUGUGGACAUGUAGGCUGCGGCAGGCAGCCUUCGGUAUUAGUUUUGUCCUCUGUCUGUCCUGCCUCCUUGUUAAGACCAUUGUGGUUCUCUCAGCCUUUCGAGCUAAUGCACCUGGUUCCUGGGCUUUGAAGCUGUUUGGUCCAUCCCAACAGAGAAUUCUGAUCAUUUGCACUACAGCUCCUCAGGUUUGUCUCUGUACUGGUUGGCUGUUGGGUGCACCUCCAUUCCCAUUCAGAAACCCAACCUACCAAGCCUCAACUGGAAAAAUUGUUGUGGAGUGUAAGGAGCCAUGGCCCCCUGGAUUUUACCUGGUCCUGGGUUACAUUGGCCUACUGGCCUUCCUCUGCCUCCUCCUGGCUUUCCUUGGACGCAAGCUACCUGAUACAUUCAAUGAGGCGAAGCUCAUCACCUUCAGUAUGCUAAUCUUCUGGGCUGUUUGGAUAUCUUUCAUCCCUGCUUAUGUCAGUUCUCCUGGGAAGUUCACUGUGGCUGUGGAAAUAUUUGCAAUUUUAGCCUCUAGUUUUGGACUUUUAUUGUGUAUUUUUGUUCCCAAAUGUUACAUAAUUUUACUGCGGCCAGAGAGAAACAUCAAAAAAGGCAUGACUGGGAAAUAUCCCAGGUAA